UAUAAAUGGAAACUGUCUGUUACUCGUUGCGCCUGACAGUUGCCACGUCAUGCAACGAAGAAGCGCCACGUGUGUUUGACACCAGAAAUCGAGGCGAGAGGAAGAAGAAGAAGAAAACCAAAGCAAUUGUAAAGAAAACGAAAUCUCAAAUAGUUUCAUAGCUGACUGAACUAACUAUCUUACGUAAGAGUCGCUGAAGAUGGAAUGCAGUGCGGAGCAGAAGCUACCGGUCUACACUGAAGUAGUUGUUCAAAGUUGAGAGUUCCCCGAUAUCAAACAGUCAAAUCGUUUCACAGUUGGAAGGUGUGUUUGAGAUUUGAGAAGAAAUGGAAUCGAAGCACAUGUUGAUGUCAGCGUUGGGCGUGGGAAUCGGAGUCGGAGUGGGGCUUGGAUUGGCGUCUGGAUCGCAAGCCCUCAGCAAAUGGACCGGCGGAUUAUCCACUUCCUCCGGCGUUACUCGGCAAGUGAUGGAGGAGGAGCUGUUCAGUCUUAUUUCCGACGGUAGGGAUAGCAAAGUCACCUUCGAUCAAUUUCCCUACUACCUAAGUGAACAAACCAGAGUGCUGUUAACGAGCGCAGCCUUUGUUCAUUUGAAAAGAGCUGAUUUUACCAAGCACACUAGAAAUCUUUCUCCUGCAAGUCGAACAAUUUUGCUUUCUGGCCCUGCUGAGAUGUAUCAGCAAAUGCUUGCUAAGGCAUUAGCUCAUUAUUUUGAGGCAAAAUUGUUGCUGUUAGAUGUAACUGACUUUUCUCUCAAGAUUCAGAGCAAAUAUGGGAGUCCGAAUAAAGAAUCUUCUCUUAAAAGAUCCACAUCUGAAGCAACUUUGGGCCGGAUUUCUGAAUUGCUUGGAUCAUUCUCCUUGCUCCAAUCAAAGGAUGAAACUACAGGUGCAUUGCCUAGACAAAGAAGUGGAGCUGAUCUUGCAUCCAUCGGGCCAGAAACUCCUAAACAGUGUGGGCUCCGGAGGAAUGCUUCUGCCUCGUCAAGCAUCGACAGCCUUGGAUCUACCGGUGCACUUCCAAUAUCAGCUAAUGUUAAGAGAACCAGCAGUUGGUGUUUCGAUGAGAAGCUUUUUAUGCAGACACUUGCCAAGGUUCUCGUCAAAGUAUCGAAGAUAUACCCUGUGGUCCUAUACAUUAGGGAUGUUGAGAAACUACUCUGCAGAUCACAGAGAGUUCACAUCUUGUUCCAGAUGAUGUUGAAGAAACUGUCUGGAUACAUACUAAUCCUCGGUUCUAGAUUUGUUUGCCCAGAAAACGAUUACAGAGAAGUAGAUGAGAGAAUCUCUUCAGUGUUCCCAUACAAUAUAGAGAUAAAACCCCCGGACGAUGUAAAUCACCUUGUGAGCUGGAAGUCUCAGCUGGAGGAGGACAUGAGGGUAAUCCAAUUCCAGGAUAAUAAGAAUCACAUCAGUGAGGUGCUUGCUGCAAAUGAUCUUGACUGUGACGAUCUGGACUCUCUCUGUUUGGCGGACACGCUGGUUCUUAGCAAAUAUAUUGAGGAAAUGGUGUUAUCUGCCAUUUCAUACCAUCUGAUGAACACCACAGAGCCUUGUUAUAGAAAUGGGAAGCUUGUUAUAUCAUCAGCAAGUUUGUCACAUGGAUUGAGCAUAUUUGAGGAAGGUAAAUCUACAACGAAUGACACUUUAAGACUUGAAGCACAAGCUGAAAUGAAAAUCGAAACCUCUGGACCAGCAAGCAAGAAUGUAGAUCCAACAUCAUCAAGAACUCCAGAAACCCCUCCAGACAAUGAAUUCGAAAAACGAAUAAGGCCAGAAGUCAUUCCAGCUGGUGAAAUCAAUGUGACAUUUGCAGAUAUAGGUGCUCUGGACGAUAUUAAGCAAUCUCUGCAGGAGUUGGUUAUGUUACCGUUGAGAAGACCCGACCUUUUCGGCGGUGGCUUAUUGAAGCCAUGUAGAGGAAUACUGCUUUUCGGGCCACCUGGUACGGGGAAAACAAUGCUAGCCAAAGCCAUAGCUAAAGAAGCUGGAGCAAGCUUUAUCAACGUGUCGAUGUCCACCAUCACUUCAAAGUGGUUUGGCGAAGAUGAGAAGAACGUUAGAGCUUUGUUCACCCUUGCAUCCAAGGUUUCACCAACCAUAAUAUUUGUAGACGAAGUCGAUAGCAUGUUGGGACAGAGAAAUCGAGCCGGGGAGCACGAGGCGAUGCGGAAGAUAAAGAAUGAGUUUAUGGCACACUGGGACGGAUUGUUGACAAAAACUGGGGAAAGAAUAUUAGUUCUUGCUGCAACCAAUAGGCCAUUUGAUCUUGAUGAAGCCAUCAUCAGACGCUUUGAGAGAAGAAUCAUGGUUGGAUUGCCAUCCAUGGCAAACAGGGAAAGGAUCUUAAGGGUGCUACUGUCAAAGGAGAAAACCCAUCAAGAAUUGGAUUAUGCAGAGCUUGCAAGAAUGACAGAAGGAUACAGUGGGAGUGAUCUAAAGAACCUGUGCAUCACUGCUGCCUAUCGUCCAGUCCGGGAAGUGAUAAAGCAGGAGAGGCUAAACAAUGAAGCAAGCAUGGAUAGAACAAAGAAAGGACAGAAGCAUGGAGACAAUUCUGGGAGAGAGGGUAAGAAGGAAAGGGCAAUCACCGUCAGGCCACUGGACAUGAAAGAUUUUAAGGAAGCAAAAAAUCAGAUCGCCGCUAGCUUCGCUGCUGGAGGGUCUGUAAUGGCAGAAUUGAAGCAAUGGAAUGAACUGUACGGAGAAGGCGGUUCGAGGAAGAAGGAACAACUAUCCUACUUCUUGUAAGAAAGUAACCCCAUGUUUAGAUUUAGCUAUCACUAAGGUACAAUGCGAGUUCUUGCAUAAACAUAAUUUGAAUAAAAUUUUAGCCAAGGCAAAGCAACAAAGCAACAGUAGUUAUACUUACCAUACUCAGGUUGGAACCUCACCACACCAACACCAUCACCAGAUAUAGAUAUGAACAGUAGCAAAUGAGUCUGGAUGUGCAAAGAUAU